UUUUCUACCGGUUCCUCUUUCUCUUCGCCGCUUACCCCACAGAAGGUCCUUCGUAAAGCCUCACCAUGGCGAACGUUGUUGAUACUAAAUUAUACGACAUUCUUGGAGUGUCUCCCACGGCCACAGAAAAUGAAUUGAAAAAGGCAUACCGGAAAUUGGCAAAAGAAUAUCAUCCUGACAAGAACCCCAAUGCUGGAGACAAGUUCAAAGAGAUCAGUUUUGCCUAUGAAGUGUUGACCAACCCAGAGAAGAAGGAACUGUACGACCGUUAUGGGGAACAAGGCCUGCGGGAAGGCGGUGGAGGGGGUGGUGGCAUGGACGACAUCUUCUCCCACAUCUUUGGAGGUGGCCUUUUUGGUUUCAUGGGUGGGCAGGGUCGCCGUAAUGGUGGCCGGAGAAGAGGAGAGGACAUGGUACACCCCCUGAAGGUGUCUCUUGAGGACCUAUACAAUGGGAAGGCAACCAAAUUACAGUUAAGCAAGAAUGUCCUGUGUGCAACUUGCCAUGGCCAGGGCGGGAAGACGGGUGCUGUCCAGAAGUGUACGGCCUGCAGAGGGCGCGGUAUGCGCAUUAUGAUCAGACAGCUGGCUCCUGGGAUGGUCCAACAGAUGCAGUCUGUUUGCACUGACUGUAAUGGGGAAGGGGAGGUGAUUAGUGAGAAGGACCGCUGUAAAAAAUGUGAAGGCAAGAAGGUGGUGAAGGAGGUGAAGAUCCUGGAGGUCCACGUGGACAAGGGCAUGAAGCACGGCCAGAAGAUCACCUUCGGAGGCGAGGCAGACCAGGCCCCCGCCGUAGAGCCAGGGGACAUCGUCCUGGUCCUGCAGGAGAAAGAACAUGAGACUUACAAGAGAGAUGGCAGCGACCUACACAUGGUUCACAAAAUUGGUUUAGUUGAAGCACUUUGCGGAUUCCAGUUUACACUGAAACACCUAGAUGCCAGACAGAUUGUGGUGAAGUACCCCGCUGGAAAAGUCAUUGAGCCAGGCUCCAUCAGGGUGGUGAGAGGAGAGGGCAUGCCACAGUACCGCAACCCCUUUGAGAAAGGAGAUCUGUACAUCAAAUUUGAUGUGCAGUUCCCCGAGAACAACUGGAUCAGCCCAGAGAAGCUGACGGAGCUUGAGGACCUGUUACCCACCAGAGCCGAGGCGCCGGUCAUCUCUGCCGACGCAGAAGAGGUGGACCUGCAGGACUACGACAACAGCCAGGGCUCAUCUGGCGGCCACCGCCGCGAGGCCUACAACGACAGCUCAGACGAGGAGGGCGGCGGCCACCACGGCCCCGGUGUGCAGUGCGCCCACCAGUAGGGUCACUUGUCCCGGCACAACUCGGCCCGGCGAGGCACCAGGAGAGGGGAAGGCGGGGGAAAACAAUGUACCAGUUGCACAACAAAUUGAAAGGGCGUGGUUCUGAUCUGAUCUGGGGUCUGCCUUAAACAUGAAAUGACUCAUCCUUCUGUCCCCUCCCCCUUCCCCACUCAAACACCAACCUGUAGUAAACGCACAGCCCAAAAAUCCGCAGUCCCAAUGCCCCAGACGACAUCUCCCACAUGUACUCCAACACAUCUAGAGGCAGCCUCCCCCACACACACACACACAAUGGAUAAGAAGGUCAUUUUCCUGUUGCGAUGUAUAACUCGCAUCCUUUGUUGUGAUAGUAUUUACACAAGUUCAUUUAAACUAACCACAAAUGCAGUUUUGACCUGGGACAUUUUUUGACUUCUACAAGAGAUUCUGUGGCGAAAGAGAAACCUGGAAGACUUACAGAAAGACGUCCUUCAAAAAACAUCAUGGGACUCGCACCAUCACAUUUUUAGGUUUGUUUGUAUGUAUCUGUGUUUGAUUUUUACCACUUUAUUUUCUUUGUAGAUUUUUACUUUUUUUGUUUUUUCUUUCUAUUAUAUUUUAAAAUUGGAACCGAAGACAAUGUGUAUAAAAUUAAAGUGAUUGUCAUUAAGCUUUGUAUCAGCUGCUGUCAUGCAGAGCAAUGUGAUUUAUAAACUAGAAAUAAAAUUGAAUCGCCUGUAUCCAUCUUCAACCCAGGUGCAUGUUAAGCGCUUCAGUCCCUUCAGUGAUGUAACAUCCAGUUUAAGCAAGAGACACGAGUCAAAUAUGUAGGGGGAGAGAAACAAAAGGCAAGCAGCUGUAGCUAUAUAACUUCUGUGAAAAAGUUGAUGGAUUUGAAUAAAAUGUUCUUCAACUCUCAA